UUCCCACCUCUCACUCGAGGAAUAGAAGUUGUCAGCCAGGAACGGGACGGGGCAGUCUCCCACUCCAUUUCUUCAGCUAUAGGCCUGCACUAUCCCUCCUGUAUGGUGGAUAUUAUAUUCAAUUCUUCUUUCUUGGGUGAUAUGGGGGAUCAUUCCAAAAAGAAGUCUGGAAUCGCAAUGUGUGUGGGCUGUGGGAGUCAGAUCCACGACCAGUACAUCCUGCGGGUCGCCCCGGACCUGGAGUGGCAUGCUGCGUGUCUGAAGUGCGCGGAAUGCAGUCAGUACCUGGAUGAGACGUGCACUUGCUUCGUCCGAGAUGGCAAGACAUACUGCAAAAGAGAUUAUGUAAGCAGCGAUCUAGUGAUGAGAGCUCGUGACAACGUGUACCACAUGGAGUGUUUUAGGUGCUCCGUGUGCAGCAGGCAUCUCCUGCCGGGGGAUGAGUUCUCUCUGCGGGACGAGGAGCUGCUGUGUCGAGCUGAUCAUGGUUUACUGAUGGAACAGGCCUCAGCGGGAAGUCCCCUCAGUCCGGGAAUGAUUCACUCCAGGUCUCUUCAUAUUGCAGAUCCUGUGUCUGUUCGACAGCCUCCUCAUCGGAACCACGUCCACAAGCAGUCUGAGAAGACCACUCGGGUGCGAACAGUAUUAAACGAGAAGCAGCUUCAUACCCUUCGGACCUGUUACAAUGCCAACCCAAGACCAGACGCACUUAUGAAAGAACAAUUGGUUGAGAUGACCGGUCUUAGCCCAAGGGUCAUCAGAGUUUGGUUCCAGAACAAACGUUGUAAAGACAAGAAGAGAUCGAUAUUCAUGAAGCAACUUCAACAACAGCAUCACAGCGAUAAAACGAAUCUUCAGGGACUGACGGGUACGCCUCUGGUGGCAGGCAGUCCAAUUCGACACGACAACACGGUCCAAGGGAACCCAGUAGAGGUGCAGACUUACCAGCCCCCAUGGAAGGCCCUGAGCGAGUUCGCCUUGCAGAGUGAUCUGGACCAGCCCGCCUUCCAGCAGUUGGUGUCUUUUUCUGAAUCGGGCUCCAUGGGUAACUCCUCCGGCAGUGAUGUGACCUCCCUGUCGUCGCAGUUGCCGGACACACCGAACAGCAUGGUAGCGAGUCCGGUGGACACGUGAGACCAGCCCAACAGGUCGCUUCGAACCCCAGCAUGCUCCCGCGUGUCCUGCAUGAGAACUGGCCAGCUCACAGCAUGGAUAGGAAAAUGAUUUUUUAUCUUACCUACAAUGUCGUUGGAAUUGUCUACGAGGAUACCAUUUUUUUUCACGGAUGGACCUGUCCACAGCAUUGUUCAGGAUCAGAUGAAUUUCAAGGUACCAGUGUGCGAACCAAGGCCUAUAACUAGCCUUGCAGCCUUGAGCCUCGGAUCCUACAUGGUUGGACAUACGUGAGGAUUAUAUCUACACUUUAUUAUGAGCCGCUAACUUAUAAUGAACAUAUCAGAACGUUAUCCAUAGUGGCCAACACGGUCAUCAUUGUAGUUUCAUCUAAAUUUCCUAUGCUGGGUUGGGAUCAUAUGGAGCCCCAUGUCUGUAUAGAAGUGCAUGAUUUCUAGAGAUUAUGAAUAUCAAGUCUUGUAAAAUAUUGUAAUUAAGUGGAUGAGAGAAAUUGUUUGAGCCGUUUAAGAAAAAGUAAGUUAUUAUUUAUUGUGAGGAAAGACAGGUAAUCUUAAUAAACCCAUAUUAAUUGUUUCAUGUUUAAUGAACUGCAUGCGAAAUCUCUGCAGUAAUUCAUUAAAAUAUUGACCGAAAUUUCAAUUGACAAAAUAAAUCACUUUAUGUAUUUAUGAAACGGCUAUUUCAGCACUUUAUGGUAGGUUUAGGCCUAAUUUAAAUUGUCACUUUUAGGAUGAAAAACGUCUGAGAUUUAUAAUAGGCCAAUAUAAUCUCAAAUUAAUUUCGAAACACUCAAAAUAAAUGAUUUGAUGUCAGUUUAGAGGACACUAUUUCCGAAAAUGGCUAGGGUUGUUAGACCAAACCAAUUUGUAGGCUUGUCAAUUUAAUUGUAUUGGCUAUUCAAAAUGGAUAAAGGAGCAGCCUCAUAGCGGGUCAAAUUCAAGCAUUUGCGGCCUGUUAAUCACUACCGAGGACAAAUUGUUCAUUGAAUGGGCCUCCACAUAUGGAUUUGCGAUGUGAUCAUUCCAGUUUCACUUGUAAAGUCACAAGUCUAGACAGAAGACAGGGCCAGGCGGCUCUUUAUCUAUGCUUGGCAUCACCUGCAAACGAUACAUUGAACGGAACCACAACAAACCCACUUCUCUGUCGCUGGAGUCAGUGCUAAAGGGGACUCUCACCCUGAUAACGCUUUCUGGAGUGUCUUGGGUUUAUUUUCAUUUCAGCCGGAAUCCCGGAUAGGAAUAGCCUCUGGACAUGGGGUACGUCAAGCUUGCCUACGACUGACAUAUUGCCAACUAGACAUCAACAAUGUAUUGUCGAGGAUGAACUUUCUGAACAGAGGAUGCAAUAGCAGUCUAAUCUAUUUAUCACGACAUGAAACAGCAAUUGACGUCUGGCAUCAAAUCAAAAAGCCAUUAGGUCUAUACUCUAUCUUGCUAUGUCAAUUAUGUCAAUAAUUGCUAUGCAUCCAGUAGCCUACUGACCAAUAAAUCCAGGUUU